AUGGAUGGGAAUGGCGCCCUGAACGCUGCCAAUAAUAGCGUCUACAGUCCUGAAAGCGAGCUAGAGGUUUCGCUGGCGAUAGCCGCGGAGGCGGACGACCGCCUAGCACGUUCGUGCAGCGCUACGGGGGGGCCUGGGGCUCCCUUCGUGCGGUUCUUGGAUCUCGUAGCCAAGGAAUACGAUGGCUCCAUUGAGCUCGGCACGGAGUACUGGCAAAGCGUGGUGUCGCUGAAGCCUAGCUGCCAGGCCGCCAGCUUCCCGUUGCUGCGCGUGGCUCUACUGACGACUAACUUGCGCGCCCCCAAGCACAAGGUAGUUGACGGGGUUGCCCGCCUGCUGCAGAAGAAGGACGUGGCCAAACUGCAAAGCGCAAAGCUGGCUCAGGAUGUGAUCGAGGCCGAGAAAAUCCUGAGCGAGUGCUGGGCGAAGGCGCAAAGCGCUGACUUGCCUCAUCAGAAAGUGUGCCGGUUGUUUGGCCGCUGCUGCAUUCGUUGCGUGUCUUGUCUAUUGCACAAGCAAGUGUACGAGACAAUUCCCGCAACCUUGCAGCACGUCGCAAAAAUGUUUGACGACGACCUGCAAGGUAAAGUCGCUAAGCAAGCGACUGCGCUGGCUGCCGGGGACGUCUUCUUGACCGAGCAGAAGUUGAACUUGACGCCAGGCAAUUUGUACUUGCACAAAGACUACGGGCCAGAUAAGCUGUUUCAGCUGCUGUUCCUUGAAGACGAUAAAGCGCAGCUUAAGGCUGGUGAGGCGCUGGGUCAGGACACCGCUCAGGUGACGGUGCCUUUAGCGCGGGUCGCUGCAACCUUAAAGCUCAUGAAAGCUGUGAAGCCGGUCUUGCUGACCGCGCCGGAGUAUGGCGAGACGCAGGAGACUUCGCGGAGCGCCACUCUCUCGCAGCAAUGCAAAAUCUUUUGCACGCUGCUCAAGGCAUCGGAAGAGGAGCCGAGCCCCGGCAUGCUGCUGGUGGAGUACCCUGCGAAGCGCGUGUACGCUGGCAAAGACUUCAAGAAAGGCGAAUUGGUUUUGGUGCCGCAGACCGACAACCCAAGCAAGGUUGGCAUCAACCCGCCUAAGAGCCCUGGCACUGCCUUCGCUGAGGUCGAAUAUAUCUGA